AUGGAAGAACGUGACUUGCUUGAAUGUUGUGGAAGCAUCAAGUUUGCAUCAAAGAUGGCUUCUGAUCCUCCAUUCUCCUCGUUGCAACACACACUUGAUGUAGCCUUCGAUAUUUGGUGUAACAAGAUUAAUGCGCAUUCUUGGCUGAUAGCACUCAAUGCUCACACCAAUAUCUAUGAAAAGUCGCCCUUCUCACAUGCAUUCUACACUAGUGCCCCAUCUUCUGCUAUGGGUUCUAGUAUAGAGGAGAUAUAUAUACUUAGCGUGCAGUAUCUGCAAAGGCAUGGGUUUCUAUAUUUUACUAUUUCUUCUGACUGGGAUGCGAAUGUUAUAUUAAUGGAUCUAAAGACAAGCGUUAAAACCAAGCCAGCAUGUGAGUUUGAGUGGCCACAUCGAAAACAAUUUAUCAUAGAGCAAUAUAUUACAAAGUUUUUUCAAAAGAAAGGAUAUGUUCGCUCUAUAACUGAAUCACCAGAAAUUCAGGUUGCGGUAAAGGAUUUUGAUCUCAACAAAAAGCCAUUCUGGAAGGAGGAUUUGGAUCCUGUUGCACGUGAGAAAGCUAGACGAUUUUGUGAAAUUUGGUAUCCAGGAGAAUAUUAUGUCUGA